UGACAACGCCAUUUCUUAGUGGGUUCAUUUCCGGUUAUUUAGUUGGUCAAGUAAUCCUUCGACAUCUGAGUUACUAUUUGAUUAAAUGCUAUGUAACAUUUAUUUACUAAAUAUAAAUAAUCCCUAAAUCAUAAUGUGGAAGUUUCGUGAAAUUACAGACAAAGUCACCAAUGUGGUGAUGAAUUACUCGGAGGUGGAGUCUAAAGUUCGAGAAGCAACGAAUGAUGAUGCUUGGGGCCCACAUGGCACACUGAUGCAGGAAAUAGCACAGUACACGUUUACAUAUGAACACUUCCCAGAGGUGAUGGGCAUGCUCUGGAAACGAAUGCUUCAUGAAAACAAAAAGAACUGGAGAAGAGUUUACAAAGGUUUAACGUUGCUGGGUUAUUUGAUACGAAAUGGUUCUGAAAGAGUUGUCACCAGUACAAGAGAACAUAUUUACGAUCUACGGGCACUGGAAAAUUAUACUUUCACAGAUGAAAAUGGAAAAGAUCAAGGAUUGAAUGUACGCCACAAGACAAAGGAUAUACUUUCUUUUAUCCAAGAUGAUGACCAGCUCAGGGAUGAAAGGAAGAAAGCGAAGAAAACAAAAGAUAAAUUUAUUGGAAUGUCUGGCGAGUCUCAAGGAUAUAAUGCUUACAGUGACCGUUACGAAGAAGAACCAGUUCCGAGAGGACGAAACAUGGAUGAAAUAGACGACUGGGGUGGUGGGAGGAAAACAAUCGCAGACGAGGCUCUAGACAAGGUCAAAGAUUUGUGGAAUCGUGCGCAUGGAAGACCAAAGCAAGGGAGUCCCUGUGAUAUGAGUGAAGAUGAUGAAGAGCGAACGAGAAGACGCAAUAAAUACCGAGAUGAUUGGGGUAAUUCUGACAAGGAUUGGGAUCGUGAGUACGCCAGAGAGAGGAACCAGGAGCGGGAACAAAAUCGGAGUCGAUACGAUUAUAAAGACGAUGAUAAUGAAGUAACAUCGGUUGAAAGAACACACACGACAAGAACAGAAAAAAUUACUACUACAAAAGGCAAAACGCGACAAGCAAAAACAUUAGAUUUAGUAUCGUCUAGCAGUGCAAUCUCCGAUGGCCAGAGCUCAUCAUCAAUAUCUGAACCUAGUCUCAUUGAUGUAGGCGCCGGCUCCAAGGGAUACAGCUCGAUCCACACAAAUACAAGUUUCAAUGAAUUCAAUCCAAGGGCAGUAUCACCGCAGUCUCCAGGUCAGGCUGGUGAUUUUGGUGAUUUCACACAGUUUCAAAAUGGUGGCACUGCUGCAUCUCCAAAAGGCCAAGCUGGUUUUGCUGAUUUUUCCAAGUUCAAUUCUGGUGAUUCCCCAAAAGCUGUUUCUCCCCAGUCAUCCAUCGACCCAUUCGACCCACUGGGAUCGCCACUGGCACCGUCGGAGCCCCAGCUGCCGUCUAUGCAGCCUUUGUCCGCAGGUCAGACAGGCACGAUGCCAUUGAUGCAGUCGCCUACACAAACUGGACAGCCAGCCAUGCCCAUGAUGAACUCGGCCAUUUCCAUGGGGAUUGCUUCAACAACUACAAUGUCUAUGGGACAAACCAUGGGAAUACAAAUGGUAACAAAUAACAUGUCCACGCCAGGAAUGGCUAUGCCAGGUCAGAUGCCAAUGGUAACUCAAUUACCGAUGCAAGGGACCAUGGGAAUGAUGCCCGGCAUUCAAAUGGGACAACAGCCAGUGAUGGUGCAGAGCCCCAUGAAUCCAGCCCCUAUGAUGCAGCCAAUGCAAAUAUCCACCUCAGGCAGUUUGAACCAUCCACAAAAUAUACUCGGCUCUCAAAACGAGGAUGGCACUGUGAAAUCAAGCGAAAAAGGCUUAGAAACAAACAAGAAGAACACGUGGACUGAAUCUGGCAAAGUGGACAUUAAUCUGGAGUCUCUGAACCCUGCUAACCGCUUCCAGAAGCAUGCGUCACCCAGCAUGAACCAGUUACAGCAAGGAAACGUCAUAUCUUCUGGCUAUAUGGUAUGGUACCCCGAAAUGGGAUACUCAGGUAUGACUGCUGUACCACCUGGUAUGACUGCCGUGUCACCUGGUAUGGCAGCCGUGUCACCUGGUAUGGCAGCCGUGUCACCUGGUAUGGCUGCCGUGUCACCAGGAAUGGGUGCAGUGCCACCAGGAAUGGGUGCAAUGCCACCAUCUGGGUUCCAGCCAAACCAGCCAAUGAUGAUGAUGUCACCUCGCCCAAUGAUGAGUCCAACCAUGGGUAUGCAGCCAACUGUGGGUAUGGUGGGACCAGUGCCUGCAGGCAGCAUUGGAAUGCCUGGUUCAAUGCAGACUUCUAUGAUGGGACAGACUGCAUUUCAAAAACGAACAGAUAAUGCCUUUUCUACAUUCGGAAAUGUUGCGCAAUAGCGUGCCAAACCUCUGUUCAUUCCACUAAACAUCAUUUUCUAUAUUUCGAAACACCUAAGUAUGGCACCAGACAUCUCAGAAGUUUUGAUUUGAAAAUUCUUCAUUUGCCAAAGUAUGAAUCAGUUCAACAUUUAUGUAUAGCACCCUAGAUUGGGAGUCGGGUAGAAUUCUGUUCAGUGUUGAUCAUCGAAGACACCUGGAUCCAUGUUUCAUGUGACAUUAUAAUCCAGAUUCACUGGGAUCCAUGCUCACGUAACAUUAUAAUCCAGAUUCGAGACUUAAGCGAAGACUCCAGGCUGUAACUGCAUGUGGUCUGUGUGGGCGAGCUGUUAUUAAAGUAUUGAGUUCCUUAAGUAUGGGUCCAAAAGUUUGAUAAUAAUGAUACAAAUCCUUUGCUUCAGUAUUAGCUUACCUACAGUGUCUAGGGUGCUGGGUGCACAUCUGAAGGCUUUCUUAGGAUGAAAAAUACCCUAGGCGCCACUGAUCAUGUUGUUAAUCAGAUCCCGAUUCUGGUCAUAUUCAACAAACAUGGAGUCUUAUUUUAUUAACCAUGGAGUUUAAAGGGGAAUAGCUGUAGUUGCUUGCCAAAGAUUGCAUUGGGGCAUACUUUUACUGUGUAAAUAUCUGUAAGCAUUAUGUUCAGCUAUCAUAUUUCAAACCAAAACUUCUGUUAAAAUUCAUUUAGCAAUAGGCUGUAUCUGUGCUCGAAACAAUAAGUCAUAUUUAUAGGAUCAUUAUACCAUAAGAGUUGUGAAAACAUAUUGAACAUUUUUAAACAAAACAGAUUGAUGAGUUAGAACUUAAAUGUAAUUUGUUUUGGAGAAAUGAUGAUUUGGAAACAAAUGAUACCUUUACAGUGUAAUAGAAUGUGCAGGAAUGUGUUAUUUUUGUUCAGUGUAUCUGUGUUUUAAUAUGUAGGCCAUAUGAUGCUAGAAGCACUUUUUAUAGGCCAAGAGCAUGUGACUGACAUGAAAAAGACUGAAGCUUUCAAAAAUAUGAGCAAACAAAAUUAUUUCUGUCUCAAUGACAGACUGGUUGGUGUAAGCUAGUGUGAAAAAUGCUGGAAUUGAAAGUAUGGCAUGAGGCAAGUUGAAAAGGAAAUAGGCAGAGAGUAAAAGACGGUGAAAACUGGAUGGUGUAAUUACAAUUUUUAUAUUCCUCUAUGGCUUUAGUAGUGGACAAAUAUCACUAGUAUUGUUGAAAAUGAAUAUAUUACGUAAAGCAGCUAUCAAUACUUCAAGACCCUUUCUCUGUUUCAUGUAACAAUCAAAUGAAGAGAAUCUAAGGUGUUUCAAAAGAAAGUUGUUCCACAAUUUAUCUCACUUAACAUUUUAUUCCAUUUUGACUGUCCUUAAAGUUUCAAAAAAACCAAAAACAAGAUCGACCAGCAUUUGCUCUGAUCACAUUAGAAGGUUUUAAUAGUCACCAAGUAUAAACAGAUGUUUUCAUGACUUAAAAUACUGAUGUUUUAUUGAAGUUUUAAGGAUUACUUCUAUCAAUCGUGUGACCAGAAUGAGGAAACCCCAUUCUUACUUUCGUAUUUUUAUUUUUUUAUUUUUGUUUGUUUUUUGUUUGGUCUCUUAAUACAAAUCAAUAUUGUUCAUAAUGCACCAGCUUGCAAUUCAGAAAAUAGUUUGAUUCAUCUAAAAUAUCCUUUGCCUUGUCAUCUUUAAUUUAAAUAUCCUUACCAGGGCCUCUUCCCUGACACACUGUUGGUGAAGAGAAAAAUGGUAUUAAGUUUUAGUUCGCUUUAACAUCAGCAUUGCUGAAUGCUAACACAAAUUGCAAGGGCUGGUGCACAUGAAAGAAUUUGAAUCGAUGUGAAGAAAUUUUGUUUUACAUAUCAAUACCAGUGAGAUCAGUUAACCUACUUGGGGCCUAAUUCAUGAAAUUCUCACAACUUUGAGAUCUUGCAGUGUGAUGCAUAAAGACAAUGCAAUGUUGCUUAAAAAAGCAUUGCGAAUUAGGCCUCUAGUAUUGUUUUUACUUUGCCUCGCCUUUUAUUGUUAAUUUAUUAUGAUCAUUUCUAUUGCCAGCAUUGUUCCCACCAAGUAAUCUUUUGAUGUUGUAAAUGUGUUGUAUUGUUCUCAGAAUAUAAUUAUUUCUUCUUUGUUAAAAAAUAAAAAUCUGAUCAUUAUAUACAGCUAUAAUAUCUGAAUUGUAAAUAUCUUUUAGAAUCUGGUUGUGACUUUUUUAACCCAGCAUUAGCUUCUAUACAAAAAAAGAAAGAAAAGAGAUUCACAAAUAAAAUAAACAAAAAUCAUUACAAUGUUGGUAUUUCAUCUUGAUAUCUGGCUAUAAUAGAAAUGUGUUGGUAAACAUUAUAUGCUUGAGUCAAAAUGCAUCUUUGAAUAAUGUAACUAUCUGAGCAGAAUGAUUGACCUAGAAAAUAAUCUGAAAGACAGAAAAAAGCUAGGUGGUAGUCGUAAACAAUUGAAAAUUAAUCUAAAUUUAAGUUUUAUUUUUAUUUGAUACGGAUUUAUUAUUUUACAAAAAUAAAUUAAUUAAAAAAUAUAUGAAACAAAUGAUUCAAAUAUUCCAUUUACUUUGGCUAGCAAGUUCUUUUUUUCCCCUUCUUUUGUUAAAGAAACAUUUGUCUAACAUCUGAGUGAUUCUUAAUGUUAAGAUCUUGUAAAGAAAAACUGCGUCAUUCAAAGCGUCACCAAACACCUUCUGAAGUAACCAUCAUCUCAUUGUACCUUGUAUUUACUAAAUCUGCCUUAAAUACUUUGGCUCUCAGAUACAAUUAUUCAGACUUUUCCUUAAACAUGGAUUUUUUUAUGUGUGCAAUAAAAUGAGAUUUGAAUAGACAGGUUUCUAGAUUUACAAGUUUCCUGAUUCUUUUUAAUUUCACAUUAAUUUUAUUUGAUUAGAUUUCACCAAUAGUAAGCAUGUUCUUCUAAUUAGUAACUAAAUGAUAGGAUAUUAAUUUAAAAAAAUGUUUUAAAUACACACACACAUAUAUAUAUAUAUAUAUAUAUAUAUAUAUAUAUAUAUAUAUAUACACAGUAACUUGUUUUAAUACAUAGUUAAUAUAUUAUCUUAGUUAAUAGAUGACCUUAUUUACUUAAUGUAUGGAACAUCUUCACACAUGGUGCCCUGUAUAGUCGUACAAGUUUGUUUUCAUUAUAAUGUGAAACGUCUACAAUAUUUGUAUCAAAACUUGUAGGUGAGAAAGUAUUUAUGAUUUUGUUAUUUACGGUGGGUUAUUCUGAAUAGAAUGGAGAUGUGAAUAUUCAUUCCUGACUUUUACAAAAUGUGUACAUAUAAUUUGUUGAUUUAUAAAUAGUUGUAAAACACUUGUUGUUUGUAUGUGAAAGGCAUGUAUGAAAGGUCAGCACAUUUUACACAGCAUACCAUUUGUUACUUGUUGCAAAUAAUAUGAAUAUGUAUAUUUCACAGAGUAAAAUUCAGUUUUA